GGCGGCGGCGGCUCCGUGUGCCAGGGCGAGGCAUGGCACCGCGCCGCCUUUCGCGCGGGGUCCGCUGGCCCUAGCUGCGGUGGGUGCCCGGCUGCCCAGUGGAUGAGAAAGCCUCUCUUUCCUGCUGUGCUGCGGCGUCCCAGCCCUCUCUGAUUCUGCAGAAGCGAAUGUCUGACCAUCCCCUAGGCAUGGCUCAUUUGAGAGAGUUUGCCAGCCAGCACUCCAGGGUGGAUCCUGAGGAGCUGUUCACCAAGCUGGAGCGGAUCGGCAAAGGGUCCUUCGGUGAAGUGUACAAAGGGAUCGACAACCGCACCAAGGAGGUGGUGGCUAUCAAGAUCAUCGACCUGGAGGAGGCUGAGGAUGAAAUUGAGGACAUUCAGCAGGAGAUUACAGUGCUCAGCCAGUGUGAUAGUCCCUACAUCACCCGGUACUAUGGCUCCUACUUGAAGGGCACUAAGCUGUGGAUAAUCAUGGAGUACCUAGGAGGAGGUUCAGCCCUGGAUUUGCUGAAGCCAGGACCCCUGGAGGAGACUUACAUAGCUACUAUCCUGAGAGAAAUCCUGAAGGGUUUGGAUUAUCUGCACUCUGAGAGGAAGAUCCACAGGGACAUCAAAGCUGCCAACGUGCUGCUUUCAGAGCAAGGAGAUGUGAAGCUGGCUGACUUUGGUGUGGCUGGGCAGUUGACAGAUACACAAAUUAAGAGGAACACCUUUGUUGGGACUCCUUUCUGGAUGGCACCAGAGGUCAUCAAACAGUCUGCUUAUGACUUCAAGGCAGACAUCUGGUCCCUUGGAAUUACAGCCAUUGAACUAGCAAAGGGAGAGCCUCCAAAUUCUGACUUGCAUCCUAUGAGGGUUCUCUUCCUGAUCCCCAAAAAUAACCCUCCAACACUUGAGGGUCACCACAGCAAGCCCUUCAAGGAGUUUGUGGAAGCCUGCCUCAAUAAGGAUCCCAGAUUUAGGCCCACUGCUAAGGAGCUGCUGAAGCACAAGUUCAUCACGCGCUACACCAAGAAAACCUCCUUCCUCAUGGAGCUGAUCGAUCGAUUCAAGCGCUGGAAGUCCGAGGGCCACGGAGAGGAUUCCAGCUCGGGAGAUUCCGAUAUUGAUGGAGACACAGAGGAUGGCGACCAGGGUCCAAUCUGGACAUUCCCACCAACUAUUCGGCCCAACUCCUUGAGCAAGCUGCACAAAGGGAUGGCUCUUCAUGGUUCACAGAAGCCUACUGAGCCCAUCAAGAGGCAACCACGGUCACAGUGUCUCUCCACACUUGUUCACCCAGUGUUUGGGGAGCUUAAAGAUAAGCACAAGCAGACUGGAGGCAACGUGGGAGCCAUGGAGGAGCUAGAGAACGCCUUCAGCCUGGCUGAGGAGUCCUGCCCAGGCAUCUCUGACAAACUGAUAGCACACAUGGUGGAGCGGGUACAAAGGUUUUCACACAGUCGGAACCACCUGACCUCUGCCCGCUGACCCCCCCCGGCCCUGCUGCUCUUCCAAGAGGGAAGGAUUUGGGGGUUUCCCAGCUUCAUAAACUCCAUCUCUACUCCAAGACCACCAUCUGCUGUUGGAUGUACGUUGUGUUAUGGACUCCAGGACAUUUCAGAGCCUUCAUGUUCCACCUCUUCCCAUGAUCAGCCAGGGUGGGGUUUGCAAUGCAAGACCACUUGGGACCUUUUGCAGCACCUGAGCUGGGUGGUCUGAUUGUUUUUACAAUGUAAUCAAUGCAGUUUUUAAUUGUCUCCCUAUGGAUGUUAUCCAUUGUGGCUUGGUUUGAUUCACAGCUUGCUACUGGUAAAUGCCUGGCUGCUGGAGAAGAGGGAUAUUCUCUUCCACCAAGAUAUGUUUCAGGAGUCUGGUGGGGUUAGCUUCCUGCCCUUCCCAAAGGAUUGUGAGUGGUGGUGUGUGAGUGCAGGUCUGUUAGGAAGCUCUCCAUUCAUUUUGGCCUCUGGGAAAGUUAGGGUAGCACUCCAGUUGUUUCUGGAGGGUUGCUUCAGCUCCUUCUAGCAGCAAAAAUCUUUCAAGGGGAGCAGCAGCAGAGCUAAUCUGCUGCUGCUCUUUCCCAGCUGGUUGUUUCACAGGAGGAUGGGUUUGCUGACUGGACUCUUUUUUGGCUCUGGGACAUCCUUUUGUAUUGAGCUUUGGUUCAUCUAAUUCAGGCACCAGCAGCACUUGCCUUGGGUCUGCAGGGACUGGAAGGCAAAAUGGUGACAUUUGGUUUGGGAGCUGAAGUUCCUUUCCUUGGUGCUUUCUGCAGCUGAAGCACUAGAGGGGUAGGUUUGGCAGCCCUAGACUCUAAGCUGGGCAGAUACCUCCUGUGCCUGCCCAGAUGUUGCAGAAGGAUUAAGAAGGGAGGCAGGGGGGGCUUCAGUUCCAAAGGCAAGAAACCUGUGCUCUACAGAAAGCAUCCACUGGCUGGCUGCAGCAGUGGUAUCCAUGUGGUAUGGCUGGGGCUUCACAAAAGCUGCUCUGUGCCUCCAACCCCCUUCUCAGCCUUCCCUUUUUGGCUCUUUUUUUCAGUCUCUGACCUCACCUGACUGCAGCCAGGGCUCUGCUCCAAUUCACAAGCUGUGAUGGGGCUUGCUAGCAGAGAACUUAAAAGCAUCUCCUGCUGCUUAAGGUAUUCCAGUGGAGCCAUCCUCACCUAGCUCUGCUUGCUGUGUAAUCCUAGUUAAUAAAGCAAACCUUUAAUUGAAGUAAAGGCACAGAUCUUAAAGCUGUGCUUUAAAGGUCUAGAAAAAUAGACUUAGGAAAAUAACUUCUGCUAGCUGGUUGCUUAGAGCUCUGCCCUCUAACUGUAAAGAUGCCCAGGAAGUCAGCAAGACCUCAGGUACCCAGGUCUUUCUGUCUGGGUGGUUGUGUGUGAAUGAUGUGGCUCACCCCAGAGCCACUGAGAACAAAAGCUGGAGCUGUUCAGCAUUUCUUUUGAACAGCAAGGCUUCUCCUUUAGUAACAAGGCUUGAGUUUUUCCUUUGGUACUUUGAUUCAAACCUGUAGAUUGUAAGUACUGGACUAAAAGCAGCUCCAAAGGACCAUACAUUUCCUCAUCCCAGUGUGUGAUGUUCACUUUAGCUUAUGACUAUCCUUUACUUUUCCUCUCUGAUGGCUCAGCAAACACUAUCAACCUGUCCAGCAGAGCUGAGGUGCUGCUGUUGGAUCUUGCUGGAGAUCUGCCACAGGGUGUAUGUGUCCCUGUGGUGGGAGCCAGCUCAGAGCCUGCACUUCUGAAGAGCAAA